AUGAAUUUCGCAGAGCCUGAGGGCCCUCCACAGAAGAAAAGGAGAUUCUUCGCAGAAGAGUCGGGCAUUCUUGACCCCUCUCUGGGAUCUAGCCUAUGUUUCUCGGAUGAGACCGACGCGUUUCCUGCGGCCUCUCCUGAGGGUCGCCAUAUCCCAAAUGAGAUCCCACCGCCAGACACUGGAAAUGGACGGCCAAUACACCAGGAGGAGCCUUGCACUAGUAAUCCUACUCCAGGGUUUGAUUUGGAUACAUUUCAGAGCUUCGUUGGCGACAAAGUUACUCCCGAAGUGCUGAAGAGCUUGCGGGAAGCAUCGGGAGAUGAUAUGGAAAAAGCUGUCAAUAUGUACUUUGAUGGGUCAUGGAAAACUGCUGCAGCGCCCUCCAAUGGCAGCGACACAGGCUCCAAAUCUUUGACUAUUAAUAGCUUUGUCAGGUCAGGUACGGCUGGCGGGAACGGAAGCAAUGUUAUCCAGCAGACAAGCGAAAGCCCUCCUUCAAGACGCCGACCCAAAGAUACAAUGCCAGAAUAUAGAUAUAUUGGAGCGUUUGGGGUUGGCGGCUGGGCAACAAGAAGUGGCACGACUUUAAUCAAACAUGGGGAAUCCGUUCGCAUCGAGAGACAAAAGAUACAACCCCCAAAAACCCCGGCGGGCAAGGGCAAAGGAAAAUCCGCUUCAAUACAAUCUUCACCGAGGCCUAAUACGGCCGCCGCCAGACGAGUGGAUGUUAUUGUACGGUUUACAAAUUCGAGGGGUGACGAGGUCGGAAGACUUCCUCGGGAAUGUGCAAAUUGGGUCUCGACGUUGAUUGACCAGAAGGUUUGCAGGUUCGAGGGUACUUGUGUUUAUGCACCCGAGAGGAUCAGGACAAACGAUACCAUAUUCUUACAAUUAAGGUGUUCAUUACUUCGAACUACAUUUGACAACGGAGGCUUCAAGCUGCCGGAAAACCGAACAACUGGAUUAUUUGAGGAGAAGGAGACUUCGGAAGAAAAGGAAUUACGAUUGCGUCAAGUGGCUCUUGUGAAGCUUUUUGAGGAAGUCAACAUCCUGCCGUCGAGGACGUCCGAAACUACUGCGAAACACAAAAGGGAAGGAUUACUUCAGGCGGCUGAAGUGGCUGAGCAGUACGAGAAUUUGAAAACAAAGAAUGGUGAUCCGUCUGAGACUGUUGGAUCAUCUCCACCAUCUGAAGAGGCUGAGGAUGGAAAGGAAUUGGAGCAAGACCAGCUCGAUGCGCUUUAUAAGAAGGCGCAGUCAUUCGAUUUCAAUGCUCCGGCGGCAGAGCCAGCCGAAUCCUUUGCUAUGGAUCUAAGACAUUAUCAAAAACAAGCUUUGCACUGGAUGAUGGCAAAAGAAAAAGAUGAAAGGGAUGAGAGUAGGGAACUUUCUAUGCAUCCUUUAUGGGAAGAAUAUACCUGGCCAACCCGGGAUGUGGAUGACAAGGAUUUACCCGUGGUUGAUGGACAGGACCAAUUCUACGUGAAUCCCUACAGCGGCGAGCUUUCCCUCAAUUUUCCUGUACAGGAACAACACUGUCUUGGUGGGGUUCUUGCGGACGAGAUGGGUUUGGGCAAGACCAUCGAGAUGAUGAGUCUCAUCCAUUCCCACAAGUCAGAUGUUGCGCUUAGAUUGGAAAUGGAAGGAGCCACCUCCAUCCGAACUUCGAUUAACAGCUUAACGAGAUUACCGAUGCAUUCUGGAGCCGUAGAGCGCGCUCCCUGUACAACUUUGGUGGUAGCUCCGAUGUCAUUAUUAGCUCAGUGGCAAAGCGAGGCAGAAAACGCUUCUAAAGAAGGCACUCUUAAGAGCAUGGUCUAUUACGGAAAUGAUAAGACCGCCAAUCUUCAAGCACUAUGCUGUGAAGCCAAUGCCUCAUCCGCUCCCAACGUCAUUAUCACAAGUUAUGGUGUUGUGUUAUCUGAAUUCAAUCAGGUAGCUAAGCAAGGAGGUAGAGGCACCCAGGGUGGCCUCUUCUCCCUGAAGUAUUUCCGGGUAAUUUUGGACGAAGCUCAUCAUAUCAAAAACCGCCAGAGCAAGACUGCCAAGGCCUGUUAUGAAAUUGACGCUGAACACCGGUGGGUAUUAACUGGCACUCCGAUUGUCAACAGAUUAGAAGAUCUUUUUAGCCUUGUCAGGUUCUUGAGGGUCGAACCUUGGAGCAAUUUCUCCUUCUGGAAGACUUUUAUCACGGUUCCGUUCGAGUCCAAGGACUUCAUGCGUGCACUCGACGUUGUUCAGACUGUUCUCGAGCCCUUGGUUUUGCGCAGGACAAAAGAUAUGAAGACACCAAGUGGCGAGGCGCUCGUGCCUUUACCUCCCAAGUCGAUUGAAAUUGUUGAUAUUGAAUUGUCGGAGCCGGAGCGCGAGGUAUACGACCACAUAUUUACACGUGCCAAACGGACUUUUGCAGCCAAUGUUGAGGCAGGCACUGUUCUCAGAGCAUAUACUAGUAUAUUUGCUCAAAUUCUUAGGCUACGACAAUCUUGUUGCCACCCUAUCUUGACUCGCAAUCAAACUCUCGUUGCGGACGAAGAAGAUUCUGCCGCAGCCGCGGACACAGCAAAUGGGCUGGCAGAUGAUAUGGAUUUGCAGUCAUUAAUUAACCGCUUCACAGCCGAGACUGACGAUGCGUCGGAUUCGAAUGCGUUCGGAGCUCAUGUUCUUGCAGAGAUCCGGGAUGAGGCAGAGAAUGAAUGCCCAGUUUGCUCAGAAGAGCCAAUGAUUGAGCAAACUGUUACGGGAUGCUGGCAUUCUGCAUGCAAAAAGUGUCUCUUGGAUUAUAUCAAGCAUCAAACAGAUAAGGGCGAGCUACCUCGUUGCUUCAAUUGUCGUGAAGUUAUCAACUCCCGGGACUUAUUUGAGGUUGUAAGGGACGAAGGCCACCCAGAGACAAAGAUCAGCCUGCAAAGGCUGGGAUCCAACUCCUCUGCUAAGAUAAGAAGUCUGAUGACACACCUCAAAGCCUUGAGGAACGAACUUCCUGGAACGAAAUCUGUUGUCUUUAGUCAGUUCACAUCAUUCCUCUCAUUAAUUGAGCCAGCGCUCAACCGCGCCGCAAUACCUUUUCUUCGACUCGAUGGAUCGAUGGCCCAGAAAGCGCGUGCCGCUGUCCUCACCGAAUUUGCUUCAAGCAACAAGGGCGUCGUUCUUCUCCUCAGCUUGAGAGCAGGUGGUGUAGGGCUGAACCUGACGAUGGCCAAGAGAGUUUUCAUGAUGGAUCCCUGGUGGAGUUUUGCUGUUGAAGCUCAGGCUAUUGAUCGAAUUCAUCGCAUGGGUCAGACCGAUGAAGUUAAAGUCUAUCGGUUUAUUGUCAAAAAUAGCGUCGAGGAGAGGAUGCUGAAGAUCCAAGACCGGAAGAAGUUCAUAGCAAGCUCUUUGGGAAUGAUGAGUGAUGAGGAGAAGAAAUUACAGCGUGUUGAGGACAUUAAGGAACUGCUCAGCUGA